AUGGUGAGCAAUCCAGUGGGAGAUCAGGUUGUUCGUACAAGUAUCUCGUUUGGUGUCAUCGAUACCUUCGCUGUUGCUCUGCGCCUUCUCGCGCGAUGGAGAAGCAAUGCUGCCUUUGCUGCCGAUGAUGCUCUCACCGUUGCCAGUCUCAUCCCUCUGUAUGCCAUGAUUGUCAUUGGCCACUUUGGUGUCGAAGCGGGAGGGUUAGGAUUGUCCACAGCGGUAAACCUCGAGCUAGGGCAUGGACCGUCUCGAAUCUCAACGUUUCUGAAACUGAUGAUGUCAGGCAUCGUAACGUAUACGCUCACGAUAACCAUAGUCAAGCUUUCCAUCCUGGUCCUUUAUCGUCGAAUCUUCAUCACCGCCGGAUUCAAGAGGAGUACCCUCAUCGUAGGGGCUGCAGUCAUGCUCUGGUUCAUUGUUGCUCUCUUCACGGAUUUGUUCCAAUGCCGACCUUUUCAAGCAGCCUUUGACCCCGAGCUCCUCUUCACCGAUCAAUGCAUCAACCUGCAAGCCUAUUACUGGGGAGUCACCGCUUCCAACCUCUGCCUUGAUGUUGUAAUGCUAUACAUGCCUUUACAUAUGGUGUGGGGAUUGAAACUUCCCACGCGACAGAAGAUUGCAUUGUCAGGCGUCUUCCUACUUGGCGGAAUUGUCUGCGUAGCCGGUGCUAUGCGUAUUGCCACAAUCGGAAUCUUGCAGAAAGAGGACUUGACCUAUACCAUGGCCCAAGAUGGCCUGUUAUACAAGACUCCGGCCGUAUUAAAAGCACAAGGCUUAGCGGCAAAGGGAUGUCCACGACAGGGUGGCCUGCAUAUCGUCAACAUCGAUCUCGGGACCAAAGACCGAAAGGAUCCGUACACGCAGAUCUCGAACUCUUGGAGCAGGGGUGGUGAGGCGACUCGAAUUCAGCAAUUACCUAACAAGUCGAAGCACAAGUAUUCACCAUCGUCCAUGACAGAAUCCCAGGCGGUUGUUGCCGACCAUUUCUAA